AUGUUUAUCCUAUUUCUAUUGAUAAGUAGUCAGGAAAUCUCAAAAAAAUGCAUUUGUGGACAUGUUUUUAUUUAAACUCAAUGCGAAAACUCUGGUUUUUGCAUCUGGAAAAAUGGGGUUUGCUUUUUAAACUAUGGUCGAGCAUACAUUUCAGAGAAUUAGGAUGAGAGCACAUGCAAAAAUUUCGCCGAAGAAGACUGUAGAAUAUAGAAGUAAUGUGGUUUUCAUUAGGGCAAUUGUAUAAGCUUUGUUGACUGCAUCGUAUUCAACAAAGAUUAAUGCUAACAAUCUUCCUAUAGAUGUGUUUCUGAUGGGAAAAAGUGUGUUGAAAUGUUGGAAUGUAACAAAUACAAAACAGAGUUAGGAUGUGCAAAUAAGAAUUAAAAGGGACUUUACUGUUUUUGGGUUUAGGAGAUGGAAAAUAAAUGUCGAGAAGUUGCUGUGUGUGAAGAACUUCCAUAUUAUUUAGUUAGUCAUAUGAUGUGUAAAUAAGGUCUAGAUGGUUGUACUGUAAAUGAAUAGGGCUAUGGAUGUAUUAAAUAAAAAGAUUAAUGCACUAAAUACAUAUAUGAUUUUUAAUGCUUUGAAAGUUAUAAACAAAUCAUAAAACUGCUUUUGGGAUUUAAAAAAUAACAAAUGUGUUGA